AUGCCUGUUGCAGAUGUCUGUAAACUCGGGACUUGUCCACUCGAAUAUGGAAUGGUACAUUACCAUCCUACUCUUUUUGGAAAUGUAUUUUACCUCGGAAUAUUUGCUGCUCUUCUUAUCAUUCACAUCAUGCAACUAUGGCGUUGGAAAGCAUGGAGUUUUUCGUGCUGUAUGCUUACCGGUCUUGUCCUCGAAAUAAUUGGUUAUCUUGGCAGAAUUCAGAUGCAUUAUGAUCCCUACCUGAUUUGCGUAACAACCGCGCCCGUUUUCUUUACAGCAUCAAUAUACAUGACCUAUUCUCGCAUACUUCUCCACUAUGGGCCACAUUUGUCGAGAUUUAGCCCCAAGGCCAUCUCUGUCACUUUCAUGGCUGCCGACUGGGUUGCACUUAUCCUCCAAGCAGCUGGUGGAGCGAUUGCAGAUACCGCUGCGACAAAAGCCGGGAUGAACAGUGGGACAAAUAUCUUGGUCGCAGGGUUGAGCUUUCAAGUAUUUGGCUUGACCCUGUUUAUGAUAACAGUUGUAGAGUAUGCCUCCAAAGUAAGUGGGGAGAGAACUCGAAGACAAGCAGCAAACUGGGCGGCAGGCGAAGAUGAAAUAGGGGCAAGCGAAAGAAAAAUGAGGUAUCUCUGCUAUGGUAUGUUAAAUUCCGACUUUUGUUUCUUAAUCGUUUUAAUAUUUCAUCACCUCCAUUGUCCCGAACAUCCGACUUACAAUUCCCUUAUAAAUCCUCUUCAAAUCUCCGCCUUAAACUGGAGACUAACCGCACGACCUGAUGUGCUUGCAGGUCUUACUGUGGCAACUGUCCUCAUCCUUAUUCGUUCAAUAUUCCGUGUGGCCGAACUUGCUAAAGGAUUUCAGUCGAAGCUUGCCAAUGAAGAGAUUCCUUUCAUGAUAAUCGAGGGAGCAGUUAUGAUAUCGGCAACCACAAUUAUGACGAUAUUUCACCCCGGAUUAAUUAUCAAGGGGAAGUGGAAAGAAUCCGGUUGGGAAUUGAAGGGAUGGAAGAAUGGGCGAAAUUGA